UUCAGCCCAUCCAUUGAAAUUUGAAUCAUCACGGUACUUCUUUGCCAGUGAUGUGUCAGCCAUGGUGAAGAAGGGCGCCAAGAAGCAAGCGGCCGCGCGAGCGCGUGCCAACGCAAAAGAGGCCGAGCAACCAUGCGCAGCGCCAGGCGACGCCCGGAAAGGCGUGAAGGGCCUAAAGAAUUUGGGCAACACUUGCUAUGUCAACAGCGUGAUACAAUGCAUGCACGCCGCGGCGGAGUUUCGAGAUUCCUUGCCGCCGGGCACUGGCAACAGCAUGUGCUGCUCUUUGGGCAGCGUCCUACGUAGUUUGAGCGGCCCAGGAGCACCGGUCGGACCGAAGGCCCUUCAUGGAGCCUUUUGCAACAAGUUUCCGUGGUUUAAGGGUCAUCAGCAACAUGAUGCCCACGAGUUUUUCUGCACCUUGGUCGGCGCCGUCGCCGACGAGAAGCCCAAGAACACCAACGGCAACAAGAAGCCGCAGGAGGAGGAUCAAGAAGAUCCGGAGCCAUCCGGAGAGGCGGCGGCCUCGUGUUUCCAGGGGCAGGUUUGCUCCACCGUGCUGUGCUGGAAUUGCAAGAAGGUCUCGGUCCGGGUUUGUCCCUACUUCCACCUCUCUGUGCCGGUGCCGGAGGCGGACACGGCUGCGACGGGGCCCUUGGGUGUUCCAGCGAACCUUCAGAAAGAGCCGGAACCACCUGCGCCCCCUGCGCCCCCUGCGCCCCCGGCGCCGGCCCCCGCACCACCUGCACCGCCUGCUGCCGUCACACCGCCACCGCCCGUUCCAAUGACCCCCGAGCCCGCGCCAGCAGCAGAACCCCUUGCAGAGGCCUCCACGCCCGGUACGCCCGCUACGCCGCCAACCACCGCGCCGGUGGAGGCUCUGGGUCCCGAUGGACCCGAGCAGACUCCGGAGGUGGAAGGAAGCCACAAAUUCGACACUGCGGAAGAGGCCCCCGAAACCGAGCCGGAAGCGGCUUUCAUGGAGUCCGAAGGCAUGAAGGGGAAGAUGCAGUCUGAUGAGAAGCCCGAGAUCGAAGAAAAGCAAACACAGCAGGAAGAGGCGCCCAAGGGACCGCUGGCAGAGGCUCCACAGCAGCCCGAGAACGGCAAUGCCGCCGCGCCCGCGGCGGCGCAGAAGUCGACCGAAGAUGCAGAAGCACCAACCGCAGACGCACCAGAGGAGAAGCCGCCGGACGCCCCACACCCUUCGCCGGCGGCGGACCAUGUGGACACCGCGGGUGUGGAGGAAGCAGAGGAAUCGCAGCAUGAUGAGAACGGCGAUGAAGAUGGCGCUCAGGAGGAACAGGAAGAGGAGGAAGGUCCGUUCAACUACGAGAUCCUGUUAAGAAGUGAGAAGACAGGCAAGCAAGACUAUGGCUUCAAGUGGAACAUGUCGGCCUUGCAGAAAGAUCAGCUCGUCAUCGCUGGCAGUACGCCUGAGAGUUUGGUUGACAGGUGGAACCUCAAGCAGCACACACUAGGUGACCGACAACGUAUGGUUCGUCCGGGAGAUCGAAUCAUCCAGGUGGGUGAGGAGACCACGAAGCAGGCCAUGCUGAAGCUGUUGAAGCAGGAGCAGGAAUUGACCGUACUCAUCCAACGCGAAGACCGCGAUGCACCAGUGGACAUGCCUGAGAUCGUCAAUGGCAAAGAUGAGAAAGAAGAUGAAGAGGAGCGACAAGAACGGCAGAAGUCGAUGCUGGACGCCUGGCGCAGGUCUCGUGCAGACUUGCCGGAGAACCUUCAUACCAUGUUCUCAGGUCAAGACCAAGGGACUAGCAGCGACAGCUGUAGCCUCAUGGAUUGCUUGCAGAAGUUCGCGGGAGCCGAGGCAAUCAUGGAAGAGGACCUGCAACCUUCCUAUGACUGCGGUGAUUGUGCCAAGUGCUGCGAGUGUGAUGCCAAAGGAAAGAAGCCCAAGAUGUACGCCACCUCCAAAACCUACCUAUGCGGCUCCAUGCCAAAGCUCUUGACUGUGCAGCUCAAACGUUUCAAUAAGAAGCUGCAGAAGAUCAAGACUCGCGUGGAAGUACCGGCUUCCUUGGACCUCUCCGAGUUGACCAUGAAGAAAGACAUCGCAGGGACCCUCCAAGAGCAUUUGAAGAAGGAGUGCGAGAAGCAGGAGCUGCCGGUUUGUGAGGAUGAGAACACCAAGUAUGAGCUCUUCGGAAUUGUACAGCAUCAUGGCUCUACUCUCCAGGGUGGUCACUACACUGCCUAUGUGAAUCUGGGCCCCUCGCAGAAGGAGGCAAAUUGGUACUUCUGCAAUGACGCAGUGGUCACCAAAUGCAGUUUGGAAGAUGUUCUGAAAGCUGAAACUUACGUUGCCUUUUACCGCAAGAUCGAAGAGAACGACGCGUGAAAAGAGAACGGCCGAUGUGAGGAUCCGAGAGGGAUGGGUUUAGACAUAGAGGUACCAGCAGUCACAAGACGGGGUGCCUAACUUGGAAGCCGGGGUUCCCAUGAUCCAUUC